AUGGAACGCGAGCGGGCCAAUCAGGAGCGCGGCGGCGGCGAGCCCCGUCCAAUCCGCGCCCGGGGAGAGGGCGGUCAUUUGCAUAAGGCCCCAGCUGCGAAAGGGGCGGCGCUUCUGCGGAUGAAAGACUGGGGAAACUUUUGCAAAGGUUUCUAUUUAAUAUUUUCAUUUUUAUCGGUGUUAUUAAUCCGGGCUGCUGGGUCGGGAGGGGGCAGAUCUGGGGAUCUGCAAGAAGGGGAGAUCUAG